AUGCCACGUAAGAGUAAGAAGGAUGUCACAACCACCAACGAAGAUACUCCUUCCAAAAAAAAAGAGGUGGGAAAAAAGACGACUAUAAAACAAAAGGUGAAGGUUGAAACAAAAACAGAGAAUAAAUUGCCAAAGGAAAAAAACACAGUGACUUACAUUGGGUCGGUUUUGCUUGGGUUAUCUGAGCUUCAACUUGUGGUACCGUAUUUACAAAAUGUGAAGUACGCCAAACGAUUUUUGAGAGUAUCAAAAAAAGCACAACAAGCUCUCAUGUUGCUCAGAAAAAAUGUCAUAUACCCAACAGAACUAUUGGAAGUAUAUCCAGUACCCCAAAAGAAGUUUUCAGUGAGUGACUUUUGUAAUACCACUUUUAUAGAAUCACCAUUUUGGCAGGCGGAGUUUGUCAAAGCAUUUACUUUGAUUCCAGAGGUGACGAUCCUUGAAAUUCCAUACUCACUGUUAUUUACGUUUCGAGUACCGGAAUCAGUCCAAGAAAUUCAUGUGACAGACAGCCCCCAAAAAUACACCGACAAGGUAACGAACAAUUUUAAAUUGUUUGCAAACAAAAUCACAUCAUUUUGUGCAACAAACGUGUCGGAACUCAUGUGUUACAAAAAUGUUGAACGGUUCUCGCAUGUAAACUUUGCAUAUUAUAAAUUAAUAACACCCACUAAUUUCCCAAAGUUGAAGUAUGUGCAAUUUGAUGUAAACAAAUAUACACUCACUGAAAAGGUCGUCCGUGCAUUUACGCAAGUCAUUUCGGAAUUCAAUUCGCUGAAAGUUGUUAUUGUGUCAAACGACCAUGAGAAUUAUAAUGGGACUUAUCAUCUGUUUGACAAAAGAAAUGUGACGCUGUGUGUCAGAAAUUUCACACUACAAAUGAUGAACACAAAAGAUUUGAUUCUUCUCGACACAAAGAAUUUUAAAGUUGAAGACUUUCAUUCAAAAAACACACGGCAGCUCAUAUGUAACUACUUCGACAAGUACAUGCCUUUUAAUAUUGUGAUGACAAGUGGUAGAAACGUUUACGAUGCGUCUGUUCGACGUAUUGAUUUGUCUAAAUACCCAUUUUAUGGGUGUUGUCAGUUGAAUAACAUUUAUGGGUACUCGUUCGACAUUCCACAGAACGUUGAUGAAAUAGUUAUGAAGGACAGUGUCUCUUUAAUGAACUUAGAAAAGAGCAACAUAAAGAAACUCACUGUUCCAGUUAAUUACAACAUUCCACUUGUUCUACCAAAGACUUUAAAAGGAUUACAAUUCCCAACUGACGUUGUCAAUACAGUAGAAAACCUGGGAGAGAUUCAAUUUGAGGAUCUUGGGAUCGACGUUGUGAGGAAAUUGAGUGUGUUACCCGACUCUUUAACUUCAUUGAAAAUAAGAAUUACGUCAUACUCACCAUCACUGGUGGGAUUGACCAAUUUGAAGGAAUUUCGAAGGUGUGGACAAAACAAAAGAGAUCGAUUUGAAUUUCCUGAAAGCUUGACUGAGCUUCAUAUGGUCAACUUCAACGGGGAUUACUCGGACGGAUAUGACAGUACUAUCAAAAAGUUGGUUCUAAUCAACUCGAAAAUUCCACCAAAGAGCGACAACAUUAAAACCCUGAUGGUGCGGUGGUUCUAUAUUAUACACAAUGACAUCAACUUAAACCAAUUUGUUCGAACAAAAGAACUUCAUUUAAACCUUGUUGGUGAGGAAGUCCAAAUAGCUUUUCCGUUAAAUUUGCGUAAGCUGUUUCUUACAAACGCAAAAAUCACAAAUAUAAAUUUGGAGUUGUGUACUAAACUCGUAGAAAUCUGUUUUGACACCGUUUUCUACGAAUCACUGCACUUGCCAAAGUCUUUAAAAUUCAUCAAGAUGACAAACGUCCCAAUUUAUGAAGACAUGUUUGACGUGUUUUAUAAUUUAAAAAAUCUUCAAGUGGCGUUCUUGCCAGAUGUUACGGAGUUUCCAAGAGGCUGUCUUGUCCCAUGUACAUUGAGUGGGAGUUAUCCUUCGAGGGAUCCGUAUCGUGCUGAAGAAGAAAUAUUUCGCAGAGGAAUUUUUUCGAUUUUUUCUUUGACGCCGUGA